CCUGCGUACGCCGGGCGCCGUGACAGGCCGGCCGGGGAGGCGCGGACGGGGGAGGCCGCGACGGAGCUCCCGGACUGGCCAUGGGCUGAGACGCAUCCUCGCAGAGCAGCCUGUAGUGAAAGUGACCCUUCCAUACUCCACCAGAACAUGCCGGGGUGACUCCCUCCCAGAUCGUCCUGUGGCCUUCCUCGCUCUCCCCAGUGACACUAUGCAACCCCAGCGUGACCUGCGAGGCCUCUGGCUCCUGCUGCUCUCCUUGUUCCUGCUUCUCUUUGAGGUAGCCAAGGCCGGCCGAGCUGUGGUUAGCUGUCCCGCCAACUGCCUGUGCGCCAGCAACAUCCUCAGCUGCUCCAAGCAGCAGCUGCCCAAUGUGCCCCAGUCUUUACCCAGCUACACAGCACUUCUGGACCUCAGCCACAACAACUUGAGCCGGCUCCGGGCGGAGUGGACCCCCACCCGUCUGAUUAAUCUGCACUCCCUACUGCUGAGCCAUAACCACCUGAACUUCAUCUCCUCCGAGGCCUUUGUCCCAGUACCCAACCUGCGGUACCUGGACCUCUCCUCCAACCAUCUUCACACGCUGGAUGAGUUCCUGUUCAGCGAUCUGCAGGCACUGGAAGUGCUUCUGCUCUACAAUAACCACAUCGUGGUGGUGGACCGCUAUGCCUUCGAGGACAUGGCCCAGCUGCAGAAACUCUACUUGAGCCAGAAUCAGAUCUCUCGCUUCCCUCUGGAACUGAUCAAGGAUGGCCACAAAUUACCCAAACUUAUGCUCUUGGAUCUGUCGUCCAACAAGCUGAAGAAGUUGCCGCUGACCGACCUGCAGAAAUUGCCAGCAUGGGUCAAGAACGGGCUGUACCUGCACAACAACCCCCUGGAAUGUGACUGCAAGCUCUACCAGCUCUUUUCGCACUGGCAGUACCGGCAGCUGAGUUCCGUGAUGGACUUCCAGGAGGAUCUCUACUGCGUGCAUUCCAAGAAGCUGCACAACGUCUUCAAUCUGGAUUUCUUCAAUUGCAGCGAGUACAAGGAAAGUGCCUGGGAGGCUCACCUGGGAGAUACCUUGACCAUCACGUGUGAUACCAAACAGCAAGGGAUGACCAAAGUGUGGGUGACACCGAGCAAUGAACAGGUGCUAAAUCAGGGGGCCAAUGGCACAGUGACUGUGUCCAAGGAUGGCAGUCUUCAUUUUAAAAAGGUGCAGGUGGAGGAUGGGGGUGUGUAUACCUGCUACGCCAUGGGGGAGACUUUCAAUGAGACACUGUCUGUGGAGUUGAAAGUGUACAACUUCACCUUGCACGGACACCAUGACACCCUGAACACAGCCUAUACCACCCUGGUAGGCUGUAUCCUCAGUGUGGUCCUGGUCCUCAUAUACUUGUACCUCACCCCUUGCCGCUGCUGGUGUCGGGGUGUGGAGAAGCCUUCCAGCCAUCAAGGGGAUAGCCUCAGCUCUUCCAUGCUCAGUACCACACCCAACCAUGAUCCGAUGGCUGGUGGGGACAAGGAUGAUGGUUUUGACCGGCGGGUGGCCUUCCUGGAACCUGCUGGACCCGGGCAGGGUCAAAAUGGCAAACUCAAGCCAGGCAACACUCUGCCGGUGCCCGAGGCAACAGGCAAGGGCCAACGGAGGAUGUCAGAUCCUGAGUCUGUCAGCUCGGUCUUCUCUGAUACACCCAUUGUGGUGUGAGCAGGAUAGGUUGGUGGGGAGGUUCUGCCCCAGGAGAGGUAGUGUACCCCUGAGGGAUAGGAGGGGAUGGAAGAGAGGGCUGGCUGCCCAAGGGAGUGGGUUCUUCCUGACCACCAGGGAAUUGGUCAUGGGCACAAGAGCAGGCAAGACCCCAGUGACGGUGUGGAUGCUGUGAGUUUCACAUACGGAUAUAUUAAUCCUCAGGCAGAUGCCACACCCCUACCCAAAGCCUUGGCUAUUCUCAGUGUGGUAGAGGAGGAGGGAUGCGUCUGAGUUGGAUGGGAAUGAGGAAAGGGGUGAGGGGAAGAGCAGAUUCCCUAAACUUUUUUGAGGUCAUCCCUAGCUCCUUAAGAGAAAACCAUUUGAAAAACAAUUUUUUUCUGUCUCUGCCCACCCACACCUGUGAAGUUGUGUGUGUUGGGGGAGCCUCCACAGGAGCCAUGCUGGGAUGCUGCAGUAUCUUCUCUGGUCAGGAAGUCACAUCCAGAGCUAGAGGAUGGGAAACGUUUGGAAAAUGAGUCAGGGAAAGAUGGAGGCCUGGCUCUAUAGCACUGCCUAAAGCUGCCGUGAGACUUCUCACUAAAGCUGUCUUCUUUCCCCGGGAGUCCUGAGUAGGUGGAUUUUUGCAGGAGUCUGGCCUCUUGCCUGUUAGUUAUGGCAGCAAUAUAGGAUGUGGUAUCUGUGCCUUGUCCUGGGGCAAGUGGCACAGAUAGAUACAGAAUGAAUUAAAGGGUCCCUGUCAUAGCGUAAAAUUUGUAGAUAGGAUAUAAAUUCCGGGUAGGCUAAUUUCCUGGCUGGGGGAAAUCUUUGGUUAGUAUUUGACUCCCAGUGUAUAUCUGUUGGGACCACAGGAGGGGAUGCUGAAGGCGGAGCAUUAUGGAUACCUGCCAUCAAUGUGGCACAAGGGCCAAUCUUACUGAAAGGAUGAGGAAAACCAGCCUCUUUGAUGUAGCAGCCAGCCAGACCUACCUGAUUUUCUGUGUGUGACCUCUCUUCAGUUAGCCUUCUAAUCAACUUAGGUGGGGUUCUGAGCCCUCCAUGUUAUGCUGCUCUGCAGAGGGAGGAGUCCAGUAAAGUCUGGUCUUGCUCAGUUGGACUAGGUCUGGAGAGAGACAGGACCCAACAUUUAUCUUCUCCCUGCUGACAAGGCUGCCUCACUCCUGCUGCAAAGCCAAACUGUGGAAUUUUGUUAUCUGCAGGGUUGGAACCUAGUGGUCCCUGUCCCAGAAUGGCGCUACAGUGUGGCUUAGAGUCCUGCCCUCCCCACCAGGCUCUAAGGCAGUCUUGCAACAGAGGCGUAAGGGGCACUAAGCUUUGAAAAGGAAGUUCCACCAUACCAUUCCUCUCUGUUGGAGGGCAGUGCAGUUGUGGCUGUCAGAGCAGAGAGACUUCAAGAAAAAAGAGAAGAAGAAACCCAGCCUUAGCUUCCAUCCAGGCUUGCAAAAUGUUUUGGGUACAGAGAUGUUCCGCCCAUCGCCCUUUGACCAUCCUGCAGGCCCAAGAGCUUUGGAAGGGGGGGUGAGCAGGGCGGAGGUGAAAGUAUUCCCCCGCGUUGGUCUUUUUUCAGUGUCUUUUCUUUCCCGUGUUUCCUGUAGUUGGAGAUUGUCCAGGUCCUCCAGUUUCCUGACCUGCUUUUUAGGUUCCAAGAGGUGUUGUUUACCUAUGGUGAGGGCUGCUUAGUACUAGGAGGGCCUGCCCGGCUGCCUCUAAGGACUGGGGAAGCGAAAAUGAAGUAAACAUUGUCUUCUGUCUGCUCCUGGGAUCUCAAGGCUGCUGUCAAUCCUUUAUUAGUAACCUACUUUUGUCAAGAGAGAGGUGCAGCGAUUCCCCCUAAGUAGUUGCAUGCUCAUUAGGUAUGCAUGCUCAUAGGAAUGCAUGCACACCAGCACCUUGACCUCCACCAGGACAGUGAAUCUGUGGCCCCCUCUAGAAUGGCCUCCACCCACGCGCACAACUUCUCACACACAAUUUCCUCACGCUGUAGGAGAGACAGUGACCGUGCCAGGCUCUUCCAAUGCACAAGCUCUUGUACUUUCAUUUCUGACUGCCCUGGACUUUUACCCAUCUCUCCGUGGUUCUGAAUAACUUCUCUGCAGAGGCUGGAGUUAGGGGGACCACACGUGGAAGUCUUUGGGAGGAGGGGUGGUGAGGUACCAGCUGCUUCGUCAGACUCCACACAUUUAUAAGACAGAAAGCUAGAACCAGAGCAGUGAAGGACCCCAAAGGAUGCUGGUCGUGGCUAAGUAGCUCUGAGUUGUUCUUCCUGUGUUACCUGUCCUGAUAGAUAAGGGUUGGAGAGGGAAGCUGUUGGGCUGUAUUCCAAAGACUAAUGGGAACUUUGUCAACAGAGGUUCAAGAGCCAGACCUCUGUCCUCAGGCUCAUUAGGAAAUGAGAAAAUCUCUUAUGUGGCAGAUUCCUCUCUUGACACCAUCUAGAGCUGUAAACCUCUUUAAGAUGGAGGUCAAAUGAAGUUUGCCUUUGGGGGCAUUCUAGCUGAGCUCCUGAGGACUAGGAGGGCCAUUUUCUGUGUAAGUCCUACUCUGCAGCCCCAAUCUCUCCACUAUAUCCACUAACUUGGGCCCUAGUUUGAGACACCUGGAGGACAUGUCUGGAUGCCACCAGGACAUUUACCUGACUGGUCUCUUGUGGUCUCAGUUCUUAUAACCCAAUGGUAGCUCUCUUCUUAUAGGCAGGGGGAUGUAUGUGUAUCUGUAUCCCACAUGUAUAAUCCCAUUAGACCUUGGAAAGAAAGCUGCCAGGUGUAGCUCUAAGGAAGGUUGACUUUCACCCCACCUGCACCCAUAAACUGUGUUUCCCAGGAAGGAGAAGCAGGUGUCUCUGGAGACAGGAUGUGACAGGGCUCUACAGUCUGUGUAAUUAUCUGUGAUCUUUUUCUUUGCUGUAUCUAUGGGUCCUCUGAAAGAGGCCAGGAAAGGGUGACCCAUCUGGGGAGAACAAAGCCAACUUCCCGGUUUUGUGUAUGUUCUUGCCUCUGUAAUUCCUUUAUCCUGUCUAGGACUCCUCCUCCCACUGUGUACACCAGGCUGGCACACCUCAGAGCCAAUGGGCUCUAUAACUAGACAAUGACCAUUAAACCUGGCUUGAGUCUCUGCUCUGGCA